GGUGUGAUAGGUGUACAGUUGGUGGUUACCAUGGUAAUGGCUAGUGUCAUACAGAAGAUCAUACCUCACUAUUCUCUUGCUCGUUGGCUUCUCUGUAGUGGCAGCUUACGGUGGUAUCAACAUCCCACUGAAGAAGAGCUGCGGAUUCUUGCAGGGAAGCAAAGAGGGAAAAGUAAAAAAGAUAGAAAAUAUAAUGGUCAUAUUGAAAACAAACCCUUAACCAUUCCAAAAGAUAUUGAUCUUCAUCUGGAAACAAAAUCUGUAACAGAAAGGGACACUAUUGCAUUGCAUUACUUUCCAGAAUAUCAGUGGUUGGUGGAUUUCACUGUUGCAGCUACAGUUGUGUAUGUGGUGACAGAGGUCUACUACAGCAUUAUGAAGCCCUCACAAGAAAUGAAUAUCAGCAUAGUGUGGUGUCUGCUUGUCUUGGGUUUUGCAGUCAAGGUACUGUUUUCAUUGACUACGCACUAUUUCAAAGUUGAAGAUGGAGGUGAAAGAUCAGUCUGUGUCACCUUUGGUUUUUUCUUCUUUGUAAAAGCCAUGGCAAUACUCAUAGUGACAGAAAACUAUCUAGAGUUUGGAUUGGAAUCAGGAUUCUCGAAUUUCUCAGAGAGUGCUAUGCAGUUUCUCGAAAAACAAGGUUUGGAAUCCCAGGGUCCUGUGUCUAAACUAACCUUCAAAUUGUUCCUGGCUGUUCUGUGUUCACUUAUUGGUGCUUUUUUGACAUUCCCUGGCUUGCGACUGGCUCAAAUGCAUCUGGAUGCUCUGAAUUUAGCUACAGAAAAAAUAACACAAACAUUGCUACAUAUAAACUUCUUGGCACCUUUAUUUAUGGUUCUACUGUGGGUAAAACCAAUCACUAAGGACUACAUUAUGAGCCCACCUUUGGGCAAAGAGAGCAUUCCUUUAAUGUCAGAAGAUACAUUUGAUACCAUCAGAUUGUGGAUUAUAAUCCUGUUGUGUGUUUUACGGUUGGCUAUGAUGCGUCAUCACUUACAGGCCUAUCUGAAUUUAGCCCAGAAAAGCGUGGAGCAGAUGAAAAAGGAAGCUGGUAGAAUAAGUAUGGUUGAUUUACAAAAAAUGGUGGCUCGGGUAUUCUAUUAUCUCUGUGUAAUUGCACUGCAGUAUGUUGCACCAUUGGUAAUGCUUCUUCACACAACUCUGCUUUUAAAAACACUAGGUAAUUAUUCUUGGGGCAUCUACCCAGGAUUGAAUUCUGACACUCCAGUAGAAAGCAGUCUGCUUCCCAAUUCUGUUUAUUCUGAGUCUCCACCUGUUGAUGGAAAGAUGAAAGUAACUGUAGUACAAAUAACGAUGGCUCUGGGAAGCCUAAAGAAUAUUUUCACUCCUCUCCUGUUCCGGGGACUCCUGUCUUUCCUCACAUGGUGGAUUGCUGCUUGCCUUUUUUCUACAAGCCUUUUUGGUCUCUUCUAUCACCAGUACCUGACUGUGGCAUGAACAAGUCAACAGACUGAGCAAGUGUGAGGUCAAAUUCAAGAUACAAGGUAUCCCAGGUACCCAAGAGGAGAUGAAGAGAAAAGAAGACUAUAUAUGUGAAGAGAAGACAUAUCAUAAUUAUUUUUAAAGAUUUCCUUGGUGUUCUCAGGGUGAAUAAUCUUAAAAUGUUUAAAAUUGCAACUGGGUUGGUUAUUUUUGUUACCCAAAUGGUAGGUAACUAAUUCAGUUAUAGUCCUGGGACUGACUGACAUUAUUGUGUUGUAGAUGGUGAUAAGCAUGCUGAAAAGAUAUGACCUCUGGGUAUCUUGGUUUCCAUAAACAGUGAGCCAAACUCAAAAAUUUGGUUUUUAAGCAUCAACAGUCACUGACUGAACUGUAUUCAAAGGGUACUGGACAUAGUGAUGGUGGCUGCCUAUCAAUUAAGUCCUGAAACUGAGCCAUACAAGUGAAAGGAGAGAGAGGGGAUUUUAAAAAAUAGAUCUGUUGGAUAGCUAUUGAUCACUUUUCUCCUUGAAAAAUUAAAAAUCCAACAGGACAAAAGAGAUACUGUAUAUUACAGUAAGGAAAGUUGUAUAAAAUAUAAAUUAAACAGGAGUAGAUGUAUGUACCUGACAGGUAUUGCUGCCUACAUAUUUUGCAGGAGUGCUUGUGCAGUAAGAAGAGAGUUAUGACAAUUAUAUUAUUUCAGUUCCUGCAGUCAUUUUGAAUUAAUGGCCAUCUGUAUUGGUGCUAGUAUUGAUCCACACAUUGCAUCUGGAUCUUUUAAAUUUCUUCAUUUGAGGUAGUAGAUAAAUUCCAUUGAGUUUACAAAAGAAUAGAAAAUAAUUAGUGACACCAGUCAAACAUUUCAAAACAAAACAGUUUAAUCCUGCUGACUGCUAGUGU